AUGGCCAUCGACAAGAAUCACGACGAUGAUGUGUAUGAAAUCCUUCCGGUUCUCGAACAAGAAGAACCAAUAGCAACAAUGACCAACGAAGAAACGCGAGAGAUGGUGGAAGAAGCGGAAAUGCCACUAACAGGAUAUUCAACGAUAAGUUAUCUGGUGGAAGAAGAGGAGGAGAACAAGAAAAGCGAAGAAAUGGUGGGAUAUUCAACGUUAAGUUUUAUGAAGGAAGAGGAGGAGAACAAGGAAAGUGAGGGGCAGCAACGAUGCAGCGCAUGCGAAGGGAGGCCUCGCGGCACAGCUCUGAUACAAUGCGGGCACACCUUCUGCCGACUAUGCGCCAGGGAGAUGUGGCUUACACAAUUCGACUGCCCGCUUUGCCACCGCCCCAUCCAUGGCAUCCUUGAUAUCUUCUAA